AUGAAAGACUUUGAGACUCCUGGUCAAUGGAUUUUCGUUUUAAAGGUUUACCGUAGACUGUAUUACUGUUCCAUUUUGAUUGGAACAUGUUGCUGUUUUUCGACCGAGAAGAGGAGAGACAAGUUUCCAAAUUUUGAUGGAGGUCAGAAAAAAGAUAAAUCAGCUUAUUGCACCAAUAUUCCCCCUGACACCACAGAGGAGGUUUUGAGAGCAAUUUUCCCAGAAUGCAUCAAUGUUCUUAUUCCCACUAAUGAGGAAGGUGAAAACUUUGGGUGUGCUAUCCUGGAGUUUAAGAGUGGACAGGAGGCAGCUAGCUGUGUGGAGGGCAACAAAGAUGUGGAGGUGGGGGACCACAAGAUUAAGUUGAGCCACUGCUACCCCAUGCCAGAUCAUGUGCAAAAAAGGUUGGAAGAUGAUAGAAAGCAUGAUAGACCCAGAGAAAAACAUAGCAGACCAACCGGUAGCAGGUUUUCCAACCUGAAGAAUAGACGAACAAUGCCUGUCAAACGGUUGGGCACCAGUCUUUCCACUAGGUACAAAUUUGGUGCUAAUAAAAUGGGUAGCGUGAGGGGCCGAAUGCAGCGAGGAGUCAACAGAAGCAACUAUAACAACAUGGGGCCUAACAGAAACAUGGGCACUAACAGAAACGUUGGUUCUAAUAGAAAUACAGGACCAUCAACUGAGAUGCUGGUGAACCAGAUGUCAGCUCUGACUAACAUGGUGAUGUCCAGCCAGCAGAAACUGGCUCAGCAACAGAAUCUGGUUAGGCAGAUGGCCAAUCAGCAGAACAUGCUGAACAUGAAUGCUGGGAUGUCUGGUGGUGGAUCCAUCAGUGGUGGAAUGGGAGGAGGUGGAAGAGGCUUCAAUGAGAUGGAUAACAUCAAUGAAGUUCGGAACCGGAGGGACUCGUUUGAACGUGGUGGAGAUAGAAUGGGAGGAAGCAGAAUGGGAAUUAUUGGAACACAGAGGUCGCAGGGCCGACGUGAUGACUUUGAUUCUCACUCUAGAGGAGGCUCAAGUAACCGAAGGAACAACAACAACACUCCAGGCAAUAUUCCUCCAGGAGAGUCUGCCUGCUUCAAAUGUGGAAAGGAUGGCCACUGGGCUAGGGAAUGUCCAAACCAGAACCAAAGAGCAACCGCUUCCAUGACUUCCGACCGUGGACAUUCUUCUGACCGUGGACAUGUUUCAGACCGUGGACAUGUAGCAAACAAGCUUGGAGGACCAAAACCAGAGGACAUGUGCAACAAGUGCGGAGAAAGGGGUCACUGGGCAAGGGAGUGUCCCAACCCACAGAGAAACCCAAGACCAAGUAGUGGUAGACAGAGCUAUGGAGGGCGACAAGACAACUAUGAAUCCAAGAGGUAUGAUGUGGAUCCACCAAGAAUUUCAGAGGAUGUACCAUUUAUGACCGGCAUUGCCAGUGGAAGCAGCCAAAGGUUUGAUGACAACUUUGACAGGUUCCAGUCGAACAAACGCAAGAGUGAUUAUGAUGACCAUCGAGGCCCAAAAAGAUCAAAUUACGGAGGUCAAAGAGGAGGUGGAGGCAACAGAAGAGAUGGUGGACGGGGCUAUGGCAACAGAAACUCCUCACCCCAAAGACGUAACCCCAAACAAGAAUCACCUAGGGAGAAGUCAUGGACCUCAGCCCAGUCCAAAUGGGAACAGUAUAAUAUGUCAAAGCAGGGCAGUGGGGGUUCCAGAAAUUAUGGGAACAACAAUUAUGGAGACUAUUACUGAAAAAAUAAUGUGGAUAUAAUUCAUGUAAAGGAUUGUCAUAGUAAAUGGUCAUGUUACUUUUAUAAUUCAUCUCAUCAAAAACAUUCUGAAAUUUCAUUAAUUCAUUUUGUGGACCCAUGAUGUUUUAUCUUUUCAUAAAGCUUGCAUUACAUUGUUGUAAUUGUGUCACUUGUAGUCAGAAGAAUAAAAGUGUACACGAA